ACGACAGAAAGAAGGUGAUAGCGGUAGUGGCUUGUGGCAUCGCUCUUUUGGCGAUUGUCGGCACAGGCGUUGCAUACGUGACGGGCGCUUUUGGUGGAGCAGGAUCCAGUGACAGCGACAGCGACGGCGGCGACAGCGGCAGCAACGAUGAACCUUUCAUUCCCUUUGACAUUAGCGGUGGCAGUCCGCCACCACCGCCGCCAACGGAUCCGCCGCCACCACCGACAACGACACCGACAACCACAACAACACGAGCCCAUCUGCCUGAGACGCCCAUCCUGUGCACAUUGAGCAAGGCAGUGGACAGUUACGAAUAUCCACCGCCAAACAUAUGUGAUUUAAUCUUCUUCGCACAUGUCGUCUGCGAGAAUUUUGGAGACGCCUCGUCACGAGUUCGCGGCAUGCUGACAACCCCGUUCAACUUCUUCAAGAAGAUGGCCCUCGACCCGCAAUAUAAGAAGACCAGAUUCGGAAUUUCCGUUCAUGAAAGAUCUGCCAGCGACUGUGAAAGAACUUUCAGCACCGACGCUGAGCUCUCGGCACUUUACGACGUCAAUAUCAAGCACUAUGGUCUCCUCAGUGUCACCCUCGAACCUCAGCAGCCGGUGAUCAACCUAUUGCAGAAAUUCAAAGCGCUGCAGCAGAGUAAGGAUCCGGACUAUGGCUGCGUCGUCAUUGGAAUUCGAGGAAAAUAUGGCCUGACACCGAGCUUCGGUUCCUGGAUUCAAGCUGUUAAAGACAAAGGGUACGACAUCAUUGUCCUUCAUACUCACAUAAGCAGUUGGAACGUCACCGGAAUGACCGGAACAUCAGGUGCCAGCAUUUGGAGAAGCACAAACCAUCCAUACGCUUCCAUGACGAAUGUUAUUAGCGCUCUCAACCCAACUGCUUUUUCUACCAACGCAACGUUCAUGCUGAGUCUAACCAUGGGCGUCCAGACUUUCCAGAUGAAGAAAACUGAUAGCGUCACUCAACUGAACAUAAACCCAUUGAGCGCUACUAUGAGUACCUUUGCAGAGACAUGUGCUUCAGGUUUGACGGCCAAAACUGAGGAUACCACCUCUCACUUCACGAUCACUGGAAGUACUACGACACACGUCCAGUACAUUUACGACAGCAGUGACACCAUAACGACGAAGGGUAACCUCGCGAAAGAAGCGAUAGCGCAGAAAGCGAUAAAAGUACGGCAAGGCUGGGCCAUCUUCGACGUUGAACUUGACGACCCAGGAAACGUGUGUAAGAAGGCACGCUCCUUCGACAGGCUAAUCGAAGUGGUGACCGCCUUGGGCAACCUGCGCUGAUCGGCUCAUUCUAGCAGACCCAAUAAAGUUGGAAUUGUUCA